CUUGCACCUUCUCUUCCUUUACAAGAAGAUUUUGUUUAUCACUGGAAGGCAAUUACCCAUUACUACAUAGAGACUUCAGAUGAUAAAGCCCCAGUGACUGACACGAACAUUCCAUCCCAUCUGGAACAGAUGUUAGAUAUACUGGUUCAAGAAGAAAAUGAACGGGAAUCUGGAGAGACGGGGCCAUGUAUGGAAUAUUUACUUCAUCACAAGAUCUUGGAAACAUUAUAUACUUUGGGGAAAGCUGAUUGUCCUCCCGGAAUGAAGCAGCAGGUUCUGGUGUUCUACACUAAACUUCUGGGAAGAAUCCGGCAGCCGCUACUUCCCCAUAUUAAUGUGCACCGGCCUGUGCAGAAAUUAAUUCGACUCUGUGGUGAAGUACUCGCAACACCAACGGAAAAUGAAGAGAUUCAGUUUCUCUGCAUUGUGUGUGCCAAGCUGAAGCAGGACCCCUACCUGGUUAAUUUUUUCCUGGAGAACAAGUUGAAGUCCUGGGCUUCUAAAGGAGCACCGAAUGUAAUUUCAGAAGAUACGUUAAAAGGUCAAGAUUCCUUGUCAAAUGAUACAGGACAGUCUCAGCAACCAGAAAAGCUGUCUGGUGCCGCCGGAGCGGAGCACACAGAGUCAGAGGAUGGGCCCCCGCACCAGACAGAUGACCUGUCCACGAGCCUGGAUGACCUGAGCGCCACUUCACUGCCGGAGGCCUCCGUAGUCCGUCCGAACCAGGAUUAUAAUUUAGUGAAUUCUUUAUUAAAUCUUACCCGAAGCCCUGAUGGCCGGAUCGCGGUGAAAGCGUGUGAGGGCCUGAUGUUGUUAGUGAGUUUGCCAGAGCCCGCAGCGGUAAAGUGCCUUACUCAGGGCACUUCCUUGUGCGAACUGCUGACCGACAGGCUUGCCUCCCUGUACAAGGCCCUACCUCAGUCAGUGGAUCCCUUAGACAUUGAAACCGUAGAAGCAAUUAACUGGGGCUUGGAUUCAUACAGUCAUAAAGAAGAUGCUUCAGCAUUCCCAGGAAAACGAGCCUUAAUUUCAUUUCUUUCCUGGUUUGAUUAUUGUGAUCAACUCAUUAAGGAAGCACAAAAGACUGCUGCUGUUGCUCUUGCCAGAGCUGUUCAUGAAAGAUUUUUCAUUGGAGUUAUGGAGCCUCAGUUGAUGCAAACUUCUGAGAUGGGUAUUCUGACGUCAACUGCUCUGCUCCAUCGCAUUGUUCGACAAGUGACCUCUGAUGUUUUGCUUCAAGAAAUGGUGGUUUUCAUCCUCGGCGAGCAGAGAGAACCAGAGACUCUCGCGGAAAUUAGCAGACAUCCUUUAAGGCACAGGUUAAUUGAACAUUGUGAUCACAUCUCUGAUGAGAUAAGCAUAAUGACACUGAGGAUGUUUGAACAUCUUCUGCAAAAACCCAACGAGCACAUUCUUUACAACUUGGUCCUAAGAAAUCUUGAAGAAAGAAAUUAUACAGAAUACAAGCCUCUGUGCCCAGAAGACAAAGAUGUGGUGGAGAAUGGAUUAGUAGCAGGCGCAGUAGAUCUGGAAGAAGAUCCAUUAUUUACUGACAUUUCACCAGAUAAUACUUUGUCAAAGAAAGAGUGGCUUAGCUCUUCGCCUCCACCUACGCCCGACCACCCCAAGAAUGAUGGGAAGACUGAAGUCCAUAAAAUUGUAAAUAGUUUUCUUUGUCUGGUACCGGAUGAAGCAAAAUCAUCCUACCAUGUUGAGGGCACUGGAUAUGACACCUACCUCCGAGAUGCUCAUAGGCAGUUCAGGGACUACUGUGCUAUCUGCUUACGAUGGGAAUGGCCUGGGUCUCCGAAAGCAUUGGAAAAGUGCAAUUUAGAAGCAGCUUUCUUUGAAGGUCACUUUUUGAAAGUUUUAUUUGACAGAAUGGGAAGAAUUCUUGAUCAGCCGUACGAUGUGAAUUUACAGGUGACUUCGGUGUUGUCCAGAUUGUCCCUCUUCCCCCAUCCACACACGCACGAGUACCUUUUGGAUCCCUACGUGAACCUUGCCUCUGGUUGUAGAUCACUCUUCUCUGUAAUCGUCAGGGUUGUUGGAGACCUGAUGGUUCGAAUUCAGCGUAUUCAAGAUUUCACGCCUAAGCUCCUAUUAGUCAGGAAGCGAUUACUUGGUUUGGAACCUGAAGGCCCUGUUAUUGACCACAUCACGCUGCUGGAGGGUGUGAUUGUGUUAGAAGAGUUCUGUAAGGAGCUGGCCGCAAUUGCAUUCGUGAAAUACCAUGCGUCCUCCACGCCAUGACGUCUUUCAAGUCACUUGGGGAACUGAACUGUGGUGUACAUUUCAUCAGAAAGAACUCGGUUCCACCCAGCCAAGAGGGGAGGAAAAGCCUUUUUAAAUGAAGUAUUAUUGUAAACCGGAUAGAACCUUUUAGGUGAACGCUCCUGGUAAAAUGUGGUGUAAUGUUGUUUUCAUCGGCUUUGUCAUAAUGGGUCUGUAUGUUGUGUGUUGCUGAACCCGGGAUACAAUCAAAGGAACUCCAGGGAAUAGCAUUUCUAGUGACUAUGUGAAAUGCUGCAAAAUUCCUGAUGGCAUGACUUUGGUGAUGUUUCUGUUACCAUAACAUCGUUUUAGGUAGCAAGGCAUUUUGACAUUCUCUGGGGCUCAAAUGCUUAGAUUCUUUUGGAUUAAUAAGUAGCAAAAAAUUCACUAAUUUUAUAACUUUUUAAGGUUAAGAUUCUUAUCAAACAAAGUAUUUAAAACUGUAAAUGAGAAAAAAUAUAAUUCAGGAACCAUCCAUGAAUUGUUAAUUCUAGUCAAUAAAAAUGUGUAGAACAGCGUCAAUUUUCUUUAGCUUUUCUAAGAAUAACAAUUUAAUAUGAUAAAGAAAUUCUUGAUUAAUAUAUAUUUUUAAAGGAACAUUCUAUUACUCUUUUGUGCACAUAGCCAUGUUAAUGAUUAAUUUUCACAUAUGGGUCCCAGUUUACUUAUACUGUCAUUUUUGCAACAACAUUGAAUUUUUGUUCAUCGUUGGUAGUGUUUGCUAAAAUAGUAUUUUUAAUCUAGUUGAUAUGCACUCAUUGACAGUUUUUUCCUUCUUUCCCUCCAAAAAUUAUUUCAUAGCUGAUUUUCUUGUUGAAGUGCGUGGUAGUGUCCAGGUAGGCAACAAUCAGAAUGCCAAUGGCAUCUUAAUGUUUACAUUUUUUCAUUUCAUUUUUAUCUUAAAUGAUUCUAGAGAAAUGAAAGAAGACAUUCUCUUCAGUGUCCUGUUUACGUGUUAAAGGGGUGAGAGGCUGGGUGUACACUGAGCGCGUGUACAUGCGGGAGAGUCUGGUUUCCCACUGUGUGAUGCGCAGCAGGCUGUAGUAACUUGACACCAAGGAGUUUGCUUGUGUCCUUCUGUUCUCUCUGUAAGUGGUGUUUAUUGUCCCAAUAUUGCUUUAAAGCGCUUUUUUUUUCCUGAAAUGUUAAGCAGCAGCACUUUCCUCUUUAUCUUUCCAUGUACUGACUUUGGGGGAGGUACUGUAACGUGUUCCAUCUCGGCCCAUCUUGAGAGGAGCUGGCUCAGCUUGUGAACUCAUUUCGUGUGGCACGUUUGCAUACAUGUUGUGUGGUGUGUACGCAGAGGCGUGUGCGCAGAGGUGUGUUUUGUGCUUAUCUGCUCACUUCGUUGUAGUGUUUCUGAUUGAUUUUUGUAGUGAGUUUUUACUAUUUAUUAGGAACGAAAUACCGAGAUUAUGAAUAAUCUCAGCUCUAAAAUGCUCAUUGUUAAAACAACAAAAAGACUAAAUUUGUAAUUUAACACAAAUCUUUCUUAGCUUGGUCUAAAAAAAUUCAGUAAGUAAAACAAUGAAACAACAAAAAUAAGAGAUAGUUACUUCGUUUGAUGUUUUUCUGUAAUUUUGAAUGAUAGCAAGCAUUAUUCAGUGUGCUUUAUUUGUUGACCAGUUUAUGAAGGAACAUUGCAGCAUCUCCAUUUUUAGAUGUAGUUACAGUCUACUUUGAUGUGGGUAUAUUUAAAAUAAGAUAUUAAGAGAUAUUAGAUAUUUCUUAAUGCUGUCAUAGUGCUUAAUGCACUUAAUAGCAAUGGUGUUACCUCUCAAACCAAAUACUCUUUUAUCUUUGAUUUUCACAAUGGGUCCUUAUAGCUAAUCCAUGAAACCAAGCUCAGAAAAGCUUUAACUCAUAUAUGUGUGUGUGUAUAUGCUGCUUCUGAAAAUAUAAUUUUCCUAAGUUAUUGUAAUGACUUUGAUAUAGUCAGCUAAGGCUUAAGGUUUAGUGUUGCAUUUCUCUUUUUUUCCUUUUUUCUAUUUUUUUUUUUUCCAUAUUUAGUUUGGAGCUGGUGCCAGCACAAGUUCCCUCAUUGAGUUGCAUGUGUUAAUUUCACAAAGCAUUGUACUACAUCACUGGCCAUUUUCUUACUGUCUUUCUGAAGGUGAAUAUUUCCAUUACUCAGUGCUUAUAAGAACAGUAACCAAAGUGCACUGUGGCGGGUAGAAAGUACUACCUUAACAAUUGAUUGCCAUAGCAGCUUCUAAACUGAAUUUUAGCCUUGCUUCACAUUUGUAUAAAUAAGUGUGCACAUAUUUUUAACUUUCCAACAAUGUAGUCUGUGGAUUUAUUUUUAGUAAUGAGGUACAUUCUUUACUUCAUAGAACUCAGAUUUGUCAUAGCCAAUUAUUGUAGUAUUCACACUAUAACGCUGUAAUGUUUUCAUAAUGUAUCUGUGCAAUAUGGAAGCUAUGAGUGGUUUCACAGUUUUUGGGUUUAAUUGUAUAUUACUGUGUGUACAUGUGUAUAUAUAUGUAUAUAUAAGGACCAAAAUCCUUAGCUUGCUUACACUAUUGCUAGUGUAAAGAUUGUUACACUUCAUUUUACAGGGCACAAAUUAUGGAAUUACUUCAUAAAUUCAUGGUAACAUUUCUACAAAUUAUUAUAUUACUAUAUAAUUACCAUUUAAUUAUGAAGUUAAUAGGUAUUGACAGAAGAAGUUACAGUGAAGUGCAGAAGCCACAAAUUAUAUGGUAAUUAUAUUUUUGGUUGUACAAUACAUCAAAAUGUGCAUGUCAUUGUGAUACUUGAUAUGCUGAAACAUGAUAGAUACUCAUACUUGUGGGCCCUGUAAAAUAGUGUUACUGUAAUACUCUGUUGGCCUCCUGCCUUGUUUACAUUAAACAGAGGAUAGUUGGUGAAUUUUUCUAUGAACAUUGUGUGGGUCCCUGACAGUGUCAGUUACCAACGUCUGGAAUUCUUGGAUCAUCCAGGGAGAAACUCUUCAGAUGGUGUGUUCUGCCCCGUCUUCGAAAGAGGUUAUGAUCAUGUUCAACUUUUUGUGCUAACGAUGCAUGCAGGACUAAGAGGGAUAAUCAAAAAAUAAAUAAAUAAUGUAAUUUAAGCAAA